GUUCAGCACCCAAAGUCGAAGGAUAGCUCUGGCCUUUCAAUUGAAGAAAGUGCUAGAUUUGUCAGCGUAGUAUAAUAUAACCAAUUCUCCGUGUCCGCAUUUGCUUCGGAACGAUCGGAAUAGUCUUCAUUUUAUGUGAGAGACAGAACUGGCGUCAAACAUGCGUAAAAAUCAACGCUGUCCAAGCAGGGAACCACCGAGAAAGGAAUUAUCGCCGCUCAUCUGAGGCCAAUCUCGAUUUUUUUUUUUUUGUCAAAUAAGGAAACAUAACACAGCUAGCUCGCCGACGUUAGCUCCGUAGAUAGCCAGGUUAACCGACACGUCUUCACACAAAAAACAGAAUCCAGCAGAUAAUCAAGAUUGGAUCUACAUUCGCAACAGCAGGAAAACGAUGGCCAACUUUAACCAACGUUUAAGAUAGAGGCAAAGAGACAGAUUUCAUUCCCAUUGAGCUCUUUGCGGCUAUAGGCAGCAAUGGGUGCAUUCCUGGACAAGCCGAAGACAGAGAAGCAUAGUGCCCACGGUGAGGGCAAUGGGAUGCACUAUGGCCUGAGCUCCAUGCAGGGCUGGCGGGUGGAGAUGGAGGACGCCCACACAGCUGUAGUGGGCCUCCCCCAUGGACUCACCGACUGGUCCUUCUUUGCCGUCUACGAUGGCCACGCAGGCUCCCGGGUAGCCAACUACUGCUCCGGCCACUUGCUGGAACACAUCUUGUCAGGAGGGGCCGACUUCAGUUCAGGAUCCGGCUCCGUAGAAGGAGUGAAGGACGGCAUCCGCUCGGGCUUUCUGAACAUUGACGAGUACAUGCGCAGCUUCUCUGACCUGCGGCAGGGCCUGGACCGCAGUGGAUCAACAGCCGUGUGCGUGUUGCUCAGCCCGAGCCACCUCUACUUCAUUAACUGCGGAGACUCGCGGGCCGUGCUGUGUCGAGACACCAAAGUGGGCUUCUCCACCCAGGACCACAAGCCCUGCAACCCCCGUGAAAAGGAGCGCAUCCAGAACGCUGGCGGCUCAGUCAUGAUCCAGAGGGUAAACGGCUCCUUGGCUGUGUCCCGGGCCCUGGGGGACUACGACUACAAAUGUGUGGAUGGUAAGGGCCCCACGGAGCAGCUGGUGAGCCCUGAGCCCGAGGUGUAUGUGUUGGAGCGCGCGGCCGAAGGAGACGAGUUUGUAGUGCUGGCAUGUGAUGGAAUCUGGGAUGUCAUGUCCAACGAGGAGCUGUGUGAGUUUGUCCGCUCACGACUUCUGGUGUGUGAUGACCUGGAGAAGGUCUGUAACUCUGUGGUGGAUACCUGUCUGCAUAAGGGGAGCAGGGACAAUAUGAGUGUGGUGUUGGUGUGUUUACCCGGAGCGCCCAAGAUCUCAGAGGAGGCUGUGAAGAAAGAAGAGGAAUUGGAUAAGUACCUGGAGACCCGUGUUGAGGAGCUACUGGGGAACUGUGGGGAGGCGGGAGUCCCUGACCUGGUGUCUGUCCUGAGGAGCAUUGCCACAGAGAACACCCCCAACCUUCCACCUGGCGGAGGCCUGGCCAGCAAACGGAGCGUGAUCGAGGCGGUAUACAACAAGCUGAACCCCCACAGAGAAGAGGAAGGGGCCUGUGCGGGGGGAGAGGAGGAGAGUGAGGAGGGAGGUGGCAGCACGGCGGCUCAUCUGCUGGAGGCUCUGCGGCAGUUCCGCCUGCACCACCGGGGGCAGUACCACUCAGUGCUGGAGGAGUCCCUGGCCGCCUACACACUGCGGGGGGAGAGCACUGUGGAGGGAGCAGGGGAGGGCAGGAGGACCUCAGAUGACGAUGACGACGACGAAGGUGGCGGCCAGCGGCAGCCCGCUUCCCCUCCCUCUCCCCCCUCGCCCCCGCCCUCACCUGCCACUGCAGAGCCGGAGGCUAGCCAAGAUGCGCCCGCCCCCGAGUCCGAUCCCUCCUCUGACUGAGCACCCCGUCCGCAUACCUUACCCAACCCUAAAGCUCUAGUCAGUUGUGCUGUGACCUCUCCUCCUCUUUCCUUCAUCACAGAACUUGAAUGGACACAUCGGCCACUUCCGGCUCUAUCAUGGUCUGCAUUUACAGCUGCCAAUUUCAUUCAUGAAUAUUUUAGUAAUGCAAUGGAAAUCAAAAUGGCCCUUCUGUCUCUUCAAGUUCUGUCGCCGAGCCACGUAUUUACCUUUAACCUAAUAAGGACGCUUUCUUUCCCCUGUCCUCUGACCACCUCGGCUUGGAUUUCUAAACUUGCCAGCCACUUUUACCACCUGACCACACAGACUGAUGUUUUACAAUAUAAAAUAAUCAUUAGCAAAUUAUUAUUACACGCAAAAUUGGCUGGUGAAGCAAAGAUUAACCUUGCACUCGAUGGCCUAGAUUUACUAUUAUUGGCUUCUGGCUGAUUUCCCACUUGACCCCCUCCCCUCCCCUCUCCUACACCCCCCUCAACCUCACCCCCUCCCACACCUGCUUACAGUGGACAAACUGACAAAGAAAAGGAGACCCUCUGAACUGAAGCUGUGUUCAACUCACUGUACUGUCUCCAGGCCUACUCAAUCUACAAACUCAGAACACACUCUUUUGCGUUUGCGUGUGCGUGUGUGUGUGUGUAUAUGUGUGAGUGCGUGCGUGCGUGUGUCCGUCUGUGUGUCUGCAUGGGUUUGAGUGACGGAGAAAGAGACCAAUCAUUGACCACAGAGGGACAGGGGGGUUAGUGGGUGUAUACUUUGAGAGUCAUUUCAUUUGAAUCAUUCCCUCACCACUUUAUGCCUAUUUUCGUAUCACCACAUUUCUGUAAGCUGCCUCAGUCGCCCACAAAGAGGUUAAAAUGUGUUCCUGGUUGUUGAUGUUCAGGUGGAUACAAAUGUAUACUAGUACCAGGUGACACGGGGCCAUAAAAGUAAUGUUUAAAUCGAAAUAAGACUAAAGGUAAGGCUGUGACGCUCCUCUCACAGCAGAAAACUAAAUGAAUGAAACCUUCACUAGAAGGGAAAACGAGGGCGCCAGACAAAGUCAUGUUUCCAAAAUCAAAAGGGUUUAUCAAAACAUUCAGCGCCUUGAUCUACAUUGUGUGAUCUACAUUGUGCUCAACUUUUGUGUGAGCUUCAUCAGUGGUAGCUGUUACCUGCUGUUAGAAAACCACAGCUACAGUUGUCAUAGAGAUCCUUCCAUAGAAAAGCUCAGGGAAGUGGCUGUGCUCUACUCUUUAAUGCAGGUCAGACGCUUAAACAGACGUAUAUUUGCCAAAACAACCAGUUUGUCUUUAUUCAUACAGUCUUUUCUCUAAAUAACUCAAAACAAUGUUUGAAAACACUUCAGAUACGGCAUAAAUUAAAUGUAUUAAAAUUAAUUAAAAAUUAAAGUUUACAAGCUUUGGAUUUUUUUUAAUUAUAUUAAAUAGCAUGACGAUGCUACAUCUUUUUUUUUAGCUGAAUAGCAAUGUCAUAAUUGGUAACACAACAUGUGCAUUCAUCUCAAAGCACACUAUUCUGAUAUAGUACAUUUUAGGGAACAAUACGGCAUUUCUUUUGGCACCACCCUCGGGCUGACCCCUUGUCUUUAUCAAACAUGCAGGUGACAUUCCUGAAGUCAAACGGCUGACAUGGCUGUAAAUGUCAUAGCAUCGAAUUCUACUGUAGUUAUUCAACGUCCAACGUUUAGUUGUUUACACCCGGACAACGAUGUGUUCUAUGAGCUGGUUGUGGUUCUGUAAUCAGUCCACACUAUAACUGAAGUAUCAGUCAACCAGAUCUGCUGCUCAUGCUGACAGCUGCUACUAUUAAACCUUGGCUUUAUGAAAUCCCACACACGGUAUGUUUCAUUCCUCAUAGGUUAUGACGUUGUCUGUUCAAAAAUACACACUCCGAAAUGCUUGCCUCCGACGGAACGUUUGGUUUAUAACAGACUGAACGAGCAGUACUCAUUCUUCUUUGAAAGCGGGGAGAGGGAAUGUUAUUGCAAGUCAGUAUAAAGCACAGUACCCGAUGACCCUGGAAAUGCAUGCACUGCACUUAUCUUUUCAAUAUCUAAGGCACUUAACUUCGGAAGGGAGGUUAUGCUAAACCCUGCGCAUAUGUAUGUAUGUAUGUAUGUGUGUGUUUGUGUAUGUAUGUAUGAGUUGUAUUUGUAAGAGGUUACGUGGGCCAAAAUCAGUCCCACUCGGUUAAAAUGACAAAUGAACAAAAUAAAGAUGAUUUGAGGUAUAAUGCAA